CAAGCGUUAAUGGACACGUGUGCAUAAUCACCAUAUAAAAAUCUUAGGGUCCAUAUGCAGGUUGAUGUGGCGGACUACAGAUUUAUAUAAUGUGUAGUCAGUUAUAUUCAAAACCAUUUACUCGUGAUUCAUGAAGCGUCCACAUACACCAUGCUGAUGCUUAUCGUCUCCACAGCUCUACUCCUGGCUGGACACAGUCAGCAGAUGCCUUGGGAAGAAGAUUGCAACCUCAAACCAGAAGGCGGACAUUGCAAAAGGGCACUUGCUCGGUUUUUCUACGACCCUGACACCGGAACAUGUAAAGAGUUCUCCUACGGUGGCUGUGGUGGCAACGCCAACAACUUCAAGACCAAAGCCGAGUGCGAGGAAACAUGUGUUCCAGGUUAUAUAUACAGAAUACUUGAUUACGUUUUAUUGAAAUCAUGUCUGGAUGUAUGA